AUGAAGCACCAGGAAGAGCUUGCCCGUCGCGACCAAGAACGAGACGCUCGCGAGCGAAGUGACCGCGAGCGAGAGCGAGACGUCAACGACCGCUUCCAGAACCCCCCCCGGCACAGCAGCGCUGGUUCCAUCCCUAUCCACCAGCCUGUUGCAUCGAGAAUAUCUGGCGCGAUACAUAGCCCGGGCGGCCUUUUGGCAAACCACAAUGGCAACCCGCCUGCCGGACACCUCAGCGGGCACUCGGCCCCGGUAGCCACUUUUGGCGGUCCCUUACAGCCGAGCGACCAACACGGACGCCAGGUCCAGCAUGGCGGACAGAGCAAUGACAACCCUCAUCAGAUAUUCCCAUCGAUGGCACCUCAUCCCCCGGUCGCGGCUGGAACACCGCAGGGGGCUGGCGCUGCCGGUUCGGCUGCCGGUGCUGUCUUCGGUGCGCCCAUGCCCCAAGGCCAGCCUCAGCAGCAACACCAAGAAGGUCUGCGAGGCGGGCAGCAAGGCGGCGCGCCGUUCAGGGCAGUCACGCUGGGUCAGCAUCAGAUCCCAGGGAGCAUGAACCCGCAGGGCCAGCAGCCUAUUCUAAAUGUGAGUAGAUUGUUUAUUGACUCAGGCGAUGCAUGUUUUCCUUUGUCAUUGUUGGAUGCGACAAUAGAUUGGGUGACGUGAAGUUGCUCAGUUCUGAAUCACAAACUGCGCGGAUGUGUUUUGGCGCAGCUCAGCCGAUGCCGGCUUGGGAACCCCCAUCUCACUUUCCUCUCAGUUGGUUUCUGCAACGCACCUCAUCUUUUCUCCCCCCAAACUGCAUACCCUUUUCUUUUUCUUCCAUGAACAAGCCAGGCAAGCCAUUCUUGUGACUGCAAAUUUCAUUACUCUCCUGCAUUCGCACGAGAUCAUGGAUACUUGCGACAUGGUCUACCGACAGCCCUCUCCCCUCGUGCAGCUGGAAGCUCUUGUCGGCAACCUCUCACAAGGCGGCAGAGGUAUUGUCUGUACCUGUGGCGACAAUGUUAACACGUGGUGCCUGUACCACUUCUAUCUCGUACUUUAACUCUAAUUUCCAACUCGCUUAACCUUUGAAUUACACUCGCUGACUAUUUGGUUUCCAGGAUGCUCUUACCUAUCUUGACCAGGUCAAGGUCCAAUUUCACGACCAGCCGGAUGUCUACAAUCGAUUCUUGGAUAUUAUGAAGGAUUUCAAAAGUCAAGAGUAUGUCUUGUCUCUCUUUAGGCUUCGCAAGUUGCGAACUUUACUGACUUGUCUAGGAUCGAUACACCUGGUGUUAUUAACCGAGUUUCGGAGCUCUUCGCUGGCCACCCCAACCUUAUUCAAGGGUUCAAUACUUUCCUCCCUCCCGGUUACCGAAUCGAGUGCGGCGCAGGCAACGACCCGAAUACUAUAAGAGUGACGACCCCUAUGGGCACUACGAUGCAGUCGAUCGCGGGUCGCGGAAACCAGACUGAAAGUACCGCUGGAGGUCAACCUCCACCAUUCCAAGAUCGGAGCCAGUGGCAGCGUCCGCAGCGUAGCAUCGAGAGCCCAGAGGCUACUUUCAGCACUCCUGUACAGAACACGGCAAACCUUUUUGCACAGGCAGCUGCUCAGAAUGGGCUUUUCGAAAGUUCGGCGGCUUCCCAGCAACGAGCUGUUGCCCAGAUCCAGGGCGCAUUGGAUGCGCAGCUUAAACCUCGAGGCGCUCAAACCCCUACGCCCACUUCUGGCCCGGCUCCUGUAAAUGGCGCCGCAGGUAAUGGCAACCAGGCUAACAUGAAUGCCCGUGGCCCUGUAGAGUUCAACCAUGCAAUCAGUUAUGUGAAUAAGAUCAAGGUUAGUCAAUCUCACUUUGGUGCUUUACUUGAGCUUCUUCUGACCUGCCCCACUUUCACUUAGAACCGAUUUCAAGACAAACCCGAAAUUUACAAACAGUUUCUGGAGAUCCUCCAGACAUAUCAGCGGGAACAGAAGCCCAUCCAGGACGUUUAUGCUCAGGUUACUAACCUGUUCCACGAGGCCCCGGAUCUUCUUGAAUCGUUUAAGCAGUUUCUCCCAGAGUCAGCUGGCCAGGCCAACAAAGCGACCCCAGGUCGUGCUGAAGACCCAGCUUUGGGCCAGGUACAUACGCCACAGGCUGGAGCGCGUGACGGCCAGAAGAUGCCUCCCCUAGGAAGUUUCGCCCCGCCUCCCAGCACGAGCAAGGACAACAAGAAGCGACCUCGUGUAGCUGAAAAGGCAAGCCCGGCUUCAGGUCCAUCAACCGUGGAACCUGCUGUAGCCAACCGACUUGCGCAGCCGACUACGAUCAAUGGAAACAAGCGCCCGAAACUGAGCCAUGCCAGAGGCACUGUUGACGGACCUAACGCUGUCGAAUCCACUCUCACACCAAUUAUCCCUGAGCCUUACCCUCCACGCCCGGCUUCCACAUCGACACAAGAUGAAAUCGCCUUUUUUGAGCGUGUGAAGAAAUAUUUGGGCAAUCGAUCAUCCAUGAAUGAGUUUCUUAAGCUCUGCAACUUAUUCAGCCAGAACAUCAUCGACAGAAACACACUCUUCCACAAGGGCCUUCAGUUCAUUGGCGCCAGUCCGGAUUUGUUGAGUUUUUGGAAGAUGUUUGUCGGCUUUGAAACUCAGGAUGUAGUUAUCGAUAACCGCCCAGCUCCUCCUACUGAGAAGCUUUCGCUGAGCAAUUGCCGUGGUUACGGACCAAGUUACAGGCUCCUGCCUAAGCGGGAACGCCUCAAGCGGUGCAGUGGCCGUGAUGAGCUCUGCCAAUCUGUUCUCAACGAUGAAUGGGCCUCUCACCCUACUUGGGCGUCGGAGGAUUCGGGAUUCGUUGCGCAUCGAAAGAACCAGUUCGAGGAAGGACUCCACCGAAUUGAAGAGGAGCGUCAUGAUUACGACUUCUAUAUUGAAGCGAAUCUCAAAUGUAUUCAGCUCCUGGAGCCUCUCGCUCAACAGAUGUUGGCCAUGUCGCCAGCCGAGCGAGAGCUGUUCCAUAUGCCUAGUGCCCUUGCUGGCCAAAGCACUUCGAUCUUCAAGCGAAUUUCCAAGAAGAUUUACGGUGACCGAGGUAUUGAUGUUGUCAAUGACCUGUAUAGCCAUCCCUUUGACGUUGUUCCUGUGCUCCUGGCACGUAUGAAGCAAAAAGAUGAGGAAUGGAGAUUCUCUCAGCGUGAGUGGGAGAAGGUCUGGCACUCUCAAACAGAAAACAUGUACCUCAAGAGUCUCGAUCAUAUGGGUAUUCUUGUCAAGUCGACCGACAAGAGAAACCUGACUGCAAAGCACCUUGUUGAUGUCAUCAAGACUAAGCACGAAGAGCAGCGCCGUGAGCGCGCCCUGAAGGGCAAGGCACCACGGGACCAAUUCGAGUGGGACUUUAGCGACAAAGAUGUCAUCGUUGAACUGCUCCGUUUCGCAAUGCUCUAUAGCUUGAACAACGGGCAGCACAGCUUCCAGGAGAAGGAACGCAUUCUCGAAUUCUUCGAGAUGUUCAUCCCUGCCUUCUUCGACAUUUCCGAGGAAUCCAUCCUUGACAAGCUCCCCAAGAUGCAGCUCGACUCAGGCGAAGAGGAGAUCGAGGAUCAUACUCCUGCAGAGCUGACCAAUGGCCGUAGCCGUCGCAACGGGAAGAAAGGAGAUCUUCUUAGAGGGGUACUGGAUCCCGGACGCAACGGAAGCAAGCCUAGAAACCAGAAGGAGGACAGCACGGCUUCGGGUAGCAAGGAAACCACUCCUGAUGUCAAUUCCGCCAAUGAGGAAGAAAUGCCCGAUGCACCUGAUGAGAGCCUCACUGAGGUCUCUAACGAGCGGUGGAUGCCUAGUAUCCCGAAGCCGGUUGUCGUUGGAGAGAACAACGGUCUUCUGGACUCGGAUAGCAACCUCAAGGCCGAUGGUCUUUUCAAGCGCAAGUGGUAUCAUUUAUUUGCGAACCAGACUAUCUUUGUCUUCUUGAGCAUCUUCCACAAUCUGUAUGCUCGUCUCAGGGAUAUCAAGGAGAGCAAGGAAAGCGCCCUUAAUGAGGUUAAGCGCCUUAACCGCGACAAGCCCGCUCGAGAUAUCGGCCUGACAGAGAACUACAUGGCCUUUUUCCAGCCUGAAGAAGAUCCCGAGACAUACUGGCCGAAGACUGUGGAACUCAUUGAAGAGUACAUCAGCGGCGACGUCGACGAAAACCGAUAUCAAGAGGUCUUGCGUCACUACUACCUUAAGAACGGAUGGAAGCUAUACACGCUCCAAGACCUGCUGAAGACCCUUUGCCGUCUUGCUCUCACCUGUAGCAGCCAGGACAGCAAAGAGAAGAGUCCUGAUCUGAUCCAUCAGCAUCUUAACAGCCGAGAGAAGCAGGAGACCAGCUAUCAGACUGAGAUCAGCGCAAGAAAGUUUGCCGAGAAGUGUGUAAAGGACGGAGAGUUGUUCACUAUCCGAUGGGUAAGUUUUUUCCCUUAAACUGAUGAGUUAUCUUUUUCUUGCUGACUGUUUGUGUGUCUAGUUUCCUGAAGAGGCCAAGGCGACAGUUCGCUGGUUGCAGAGGGAUGAAACUACAUUCUACACCGAUGACAUGCAACUUCGCGAGCGCUGGCAGUACUACAUCUCGUCUUUCAUCAGAAUCGAGCCAACAGAAGGCAUUCCCCGAUCAAGACUGCAGAGAGUUGUUCUUGCACGAAACCUGCCCUCGGGCGAUGCUGACUCUGAUGAUGGAGCUUCUCCCAAGCGACUUUCUUAUGAGGAAAACUUGACCAUCAGCAUCUGCUUGAGAACCUCCAAGAUGAUCUGGGGCCCCGGAACAUCGGAGUAUUUCGUGUAUGACCAGUCUCCGAAGACUAAGGAGCAGCGAGAGCGUCGUGAAAAGUUCACUCGGGCUUUGAGCAACCAUCGUGAGCUGGAAUUGACCAAGAAGUUCGUUCACAACCCAGUCUGGGCGAAGGACUUGAGCCCUGAGGAGGUCCAGGAACAGAAUAGCAACUUCCGGAAGUGGAUGGACGAUGGAACUCCUCCCCCAAAGCCACUGAGUGAAGUGGACGGGGAGUAG